UUUCCAAUCUCCAAAGAGAAGUAGAUGAUAAAACUGGAGAGCUGAGGACAUCACAUCUUCAUGCUGCAUGGGACUUCUCAGCUACCUGCCAUAGCCAGCAUGUUUUGGGUCCUGCUUUCUGUACUCUGGCUCAUUGUCCAAACUCAAGCCAUAAAGGAAACACCUGAAUUAAAGCUCCAUGAAGUAGUUUGUCCUAAAAAACUACACAUUUUACGUAAAAGAGAGAUCGAGAACAACCAGACAGAGAAAUAUGGCAAAGAGGAAAAAUAUGAAUCUGAAGUUCAGUAUCAGAUUACAUUAAAUGGAGAAGAAGUCAUUCUUCAUCUACAAAAAACCAACAGGCAUCUCCUGGGUCCAGACUACAGUGAAACCUAUUACUUACCUGGAGGAGAGGAAAUUACCAGAAACCUUCAGAACAUGGAACACUGUUACUAUGAAGGACACAUCCUAAAUGAAAAGAAUUCUGUCGCCACCAUUAGUACCUGUGAUGGACUGAGAGGAUACUUCACACAUCAUGAUCAAAGAUACCUGAUAAAGCCUCUGAAAAACACAGACCAGAAAGACCAUGCUGUCUUUAUACAUAACCAGCAGGAACUAGGCCCAACAAAUCACACGUGUGGUGUGAGAAAUGUUGGCAGGAAACAAGGCCUUGUUCGAACCUCUAGGUCACUCCAAAGCCCGGAGCAGGAAGACUUUCUCCAGGCACAGAAAUACAUUGACCUCUUUUUGGUUCUGGAUAAUGCUUUUUACAAGAUAUAUAAGGAGAAUCAAACUCUGAUAAGAAGCUUUGUGUUUGAUGUGAUAAACCUACUCAAUGUGAUCUAUAAAACCAUAGAUGUUCGAGUGGCCUUGGUAGGUAUGGAAAUCUGGUCUGAUGGUGAUAAGAUAAAGGUAGAACCCAACACAGGUACCACCUUUAACAACUUCCUGAGCUGGCACCGUUCUAAACUGUGGAAAAAGAAGGUGCAUGACCAUGCCCAGCUCCUCAGUGGAGUUGGCUUCAGCAAUGGAAAUGCAGGCCUGGCAGCACUGAAUUCUUUGUGCACCCCAUCUUCGGUUGCUGUUAUUGAGGCUAAGAAAAAGAAUAAAGUGGCUCUUGUAGGAGUGAUGUCACAUGAGUUGGGCCACGCCCUUGGUAUGGCUGAUGUUCCAUAUGACACCAAAUGUCCUUCUGGCAGUUGUGUGAUGAAUCAAUAUCUGAGUUCAAAGUUUCCAAAGGAUUUCAGCACAUCCUGUCGCUCACGCUUUCAAAGAUACCUUUCAUCUUACAAACCAAAGUGCCUGCUGCGAGCACCUACUCCUGAAAAUAUAAUAACAAAACCGGUGUGUGGGAACCAGCUUCGGGAAGUGGGAGAAGACUGUGACUGUGGUUCUCCUAAGGAAUGCACCAAUCUUUGCUGUGAGGCCAUGACCUGUAAACUGAAACCUGGACCUGACUGCGAAGAAAACACUUUGAACCAAAUCAUAAAGUGAAUCAAAACGCUCACAACAUUGAUAUGCUCCCUUGGCAGAACAAGACUCAAGACCUCUAACCAAGACAAGAACCUUGUAUAUUUUUCACCUUUAUAUUUCAAUAUAUUUACUUGUUACUUGUCAUUCUACUUUCUCUGUAUUAUAUACCACUCCAGCCAGCAGGUAAACAGAUGUACUUAGAGAAUUUGCCUAUUUAUUUAGGCCUGAUCUCAAAUAUAUUUUCAAGGAUGAUGGAAGCUGUGGCUUAGCUCUGCUAUUUGGAGAACAAAAGAAAUUAGCCUUUGACAAAGUAUCUCAAAAUGUACUGUUGACUUCUUCAGAGUCAAUCCAGAAUUGUAAAAUUACAAGUGACUUGUACUUUAACCCCUUUUUUAUUUUACUGGUUUAGCCUAGGAUUAAAAUAAGACCACUUGCUGAGUGAAGGCUUGGGCUGCAGAA